AUGUCCGAACCACCACCGCCAUAUUUCCAGUCAUGGUUCAUGCAUGGUACCAGUUGUGAGGAUCUCAGACAGCACCUCCCAUGCAUCUCCGGUGGUCUUCCCCAAGGUUCUGGGAAGCACGCUGUGAGCUUCGAUCAGCCUGUCCCUAUGCUAGAGUUUGCGGCCGAUAACCCAUACCAUUUGGUCCCACAGCCGAUCCAUGACAGCACCCAAGCCCAUGAGGACAAGCUAAUCCCGAAAGAAGACAAUGACGCAAAUCACACGAAGUCGGAAGCUCUGUGCCGGAAGUCAAGUUGCUUCCAAGCCCAGACAAGGAAUGGCCAAGCCAAGUAUGCAGCGACAAGGAGUCAAAAUCUAUGCCUACCAUGUCCCUUGAGUGAACUGACCACGGGUAUGCUGCACAUCCCGGUUAGAAAUAUGUACGCCUUCAGAGAACGAUUCAAGCUGUGUCAAGGGCCACUGAUGGCCAGAGAAAUCGUCCAAGGUCACCUGAGCAAUCGUCGUGGCAAGCUAGCCGCCGGUGGUAGGUUUGAUUACCUCCGAUUGAUCUACCUUGCCAUAGUUACGCCCGCCAGUCACCUCGCCAAGAAGGCCGGGAUGUAG